CAUUUCCUGAGAAGUAAAAGCAGAAACUUGUGAAGUUAGUGUGAAAAAAAAAAAAAAAAAAGAGGAAGAAGUAGAUCAUCUUUAAUGUCCGAACAAUGGAGAGACAACACUGGAUGCACUGUAGCUAUUUCAUCACAGUGGUCCUCUUCGCGCUUAAUGAUGGCAUCAGAUUAUCUGACAAGAUCACAGAAUGUGCUGGAAGAGUAGAAUUUUCCAAUAUGUCAAGAGUGUGUGGUGGAGACUGGAGUCUGAAAGAAGCUGAAGUGUUGUGCAGACAGCUCUCCUGUGGAAAAGCAGAGGCAGCGAGGCCCAUUGGUUCUGACUCUCCCUUUGAGGGCAUUCGGCUGAAAUGCACUGGAAAAGAAUCCAGUCUGACCAAUUGUAAACACAGUGGAGGGACCUGUUCUCAAGGUGAUGCUGGAGUAGUCUGUUCACAUGACUUCCCUAAACCUGUCAUCUCUGUGGUGCCCCCUGGAGUAAAUUGGGGUGGAACUAUUAGUAUUACAUGUGAUAUUUCAAAAUUUAAAAAAAUUUCUGAGCUGACUCAAGGAGUAUUCAAAUUGACCAAAAACUCAAUUGAGAUUAAACAAUCACGUGUCAGUCACAAGGCCAUUUUCACUGAGUCAAAGGUGAAGUUUGAAGACAAGGGACAAUAUCAGUGCUGCUAUAAAGAAACAAGUCCAGGCUUUUGCAGCCCUGUUAGCUUCACUGUGACUGUGGACCUGCCCGUGCCCAGCCUGUGUGUGUCUCCUCCUGCUGGGGGACACUGCUCCUCUGACACUGUCCACAUCACCAGGGGAGACAGUUUUGUCCUCCGCUGCUCUGUCUCCUCAGACGUCCCAGAAGGCCUGUUUUUCUUGUGGUUCUCUGGCUCCAACAGCUCUGUCCAUCAGCCUUCAGUCAACCACUCAACCUCCUUCCACUUUCCUGUGUCCCAGAGCCAACACCAGGGACAAUACAGCUGUGUGUAUCAGGUCACUGGGGCAGGACACACGUACACCUCCCCCAUAUCUGCAGUUGUCAAUGUGAUCGUUAAGAAACCUCUGCUUCCCAUUAUCCUUCCUGUGGUGGCAGUGAGUCUGUUGCUUCUUGUCUUGAUUGGAUUGUACCUCUUACACAGAAGAAGAAGAAGAAGAAGACAUGUUGUCGAGCUCACAAACUCAGCCCCAGCUCCAAUGAACGCCUUGAACCGUUAUGAAGACUCAGAUGAUGAAGAUGAUGCAGACUAUGUGAACGCUCCAAAUGGAGGAGAGGAUGAGGACAGUGAAGAGCCGGACUAUGUGAAUGUGACAGCGGUCCAUGAUAAUGAUAUUGUGGAAAUUUAUGGAGGCGACAAUGACAGUAUUUAUCAGAACUGUUAAUAUAAGACUUCUGAACAGCUCCAGCCAAGUGGCCCAGUGACACAGCUCAAAGCUUUUCUUUUUUUUAAAUAGAAAUUAUACUUGUCAAAAAUGUGUUUGAAUGCAUUAUUAUAUGUGAACUAAACUUGGCUCCCACAUGAGCCCUUUAAAUAUCAGUCAGUUUACCCACAAAUGAUUCACUUUAUGAAUGUCUUUUGGACAAAGACAAGGCGAUUGUGUUACCUCUUUGUACCUCUAUUUGCAACAUCACUAUGUAAAUGAUGCAUUAAAAACAAAUGCAUGCUCUA